ACUUGGAACUCAACUGAGAUGCUCAACUUGCGAGGAGCCGCGGAGCACCGAGCGCUCUCGGUUCCCUCCUCAGUCGACAGGAUCCUCAGACGAGGGAUUGGGGCGCAACCCCUCCUCCUUUGCAACCCCGCAGUGCCCCUGGCCCGGGGAGUAGCUGAGCGGGCUCUGGUGGAGUUUUGAGCCCAUCACCAGGAGGGCUCUAGAACCGGAACGGAGGGCUCCAAAAGAUCGGAGGAAAAAACUGGGAAGGAGCGCGUAAGGGGGGAAAAAACAACAACAACCAGACGUUUCCAUCCCUCGGAUCCCACCGUCGGCCGGAGCAGAUUUGCAAUAUCAGGCUUGGCAAUGCCGUUUGGAUGUGUUACCUUGGGAGAUAAGAAGGAUUAUAACCAGCCAUCUGAGGUGACUGACAGAUAUGACCUGGGACAGGUAAUCAAAACAGAGGAGUUUUGUGAGAUAUUCCGUGCCAAAGAGAAAUCGACAGGCAAGCUUUAUACUUGCAAGAAGUUUCUGAAAAGAGAUGGGCGCAAAGUGCGAAAGGCAGCCAAGAAUGAGAUCAUCAUCCUGAAGAUGGUAAAGCAUCCCAACAUUCUACAACUGGUGGAUGUAUAUGUUACCCGGAAGGAGUAUUUCCUCUUCUUGGAGCUGGCCACCGGUCGAGAGGUAUUUGAUUGGAUCUUGGACCAAGGGUAUUACUCUGAGCGUGACACCAGUAAUGUCAUCAGGCAGGUCUUGGAGGCUGUAGCAUACCUGCAUUCACUGAAGAUCGUACAUAGGAAUCUCAAGCUAGAAAAUUUAGUAUAUUACAACCGCUUGAAGAACUCUAAGAUUGUGAUCAGUGACUUUCACCUAGCCAAGCUAGAGAAUGGACUCAUCAAAGAACCUUGUGGAACUCCUGAAUAUCUAGCACCUGAAGUGGUGGGGCGCCAACGAUAUGGGCGGCCUGUGGACUGCUGGGCUAUUGGUGUGAUCAUGUAUAUUCUCUUGUCGGGAAACCCACCUUUCUAUGAGGAAAUGGAUGAGGAUGACUAUGAGAACCAUGACAAGAACCUAUUUCGCAAGAUCUUGGCUGGAGACUAUGAAUUUGAUCCUCCUUAUUGGGAUGAUAUCUCACAGGCAGCUAAAGACCUAGUAGCCCGUCUGAUGGAGGUGGAUCAAGACCAGAGAAUUACAGCAGAAGAAGCUAUCUCUCAUGAAUGGAUUUCUGGCAAUGCAGCUUCAGACAAGAAUAUAAAAGAUGGCGUAUGUGCUCAGAUUGAAAAGAACUUUGCCAGAGCAAAAUGGAAGAAAGCUGUCCGAGUGACCACAAUGAUGAAGAGACUCCGAGCGCCAGAUCACACAGAUGCAGCCAAGCCAACCCUUCCCACUGCUGCCACAACAGAUAGUGCUGCUACAACACAGCCCAACAACACCAUGCAGGCUAAACCUGAAGCAGAUAACACAGCUCCAACAACUGAAGCUGCCCUGAUGGCCACAAUGAUAUCAGCCCCUGCAGAAGGAAACCCAGAGGGAAAAACAUCCACAGCUUCAGCAACUAAAGCAGAAACAUCAACAAUGACAUCAGCAGAUCCAGCAACAUGCAACGGGGAAGGAACCACUGCCCCCAGUGCCACCCCCGAGUCCUGGAAUGAGGAGACUGGCUGAAUCAGAGAGGUGCCAAGCAAGGGCAGGAUUGUACCUCUCUGU